GUAGGUGCAAACAAACCUGGUAUGGAAUGGAAACAAUCCUUUAAUUUUGAACAGGUCUUGAAAUUUUAGUUAAAAACGAUGAAUAAUCAGUCGAUGACAGGGAGGACCAUGGUCCCCACUAUUCCGUCUGUCAUGUUCAUUUUCGGUGUGGUUGGGAACGUCAUUGCCAUUGUGGUUUUGUGUAAGUCUCGAAAGGAGCAGAAAGAAACUACUUUCUACACGCUGGUGUGUGGGCUGGCGGUCACGGACCUCUUGGGGACGCUGCUGGGUCCGGUCACUAUCGCCAUCUACGUGAAAGGAUCGUGGCCGGGAGAGGACCCGCUGUGCCAGUAUUUUGGAUUCACCAUGAUUUUCUUCUCCCUGGCGGGGCUCAGCAUCAUAUGUGCCAUGUCGAUAGAGAGAUACAUCGCUAUCAAUCAUGCCUACUGCUACAAACAGCACGUGGAUCAAAAAGUAGCGGGGUUUGCCCUCCUGGCGAUCUACAUCUCCAACGCGCUCUUCUGCGCGCUGCCCAGCAUGGGCUUCGGACAGGUGAAGAAGCAGUACCCCCAAACCUGGUGUUUUCUGGAGUGGAGGAGCAACGUGAGCCGCGACGCCGCCUAUUCCUACAUGUAUGCCGGUUUGAGUUCAGUUCUUAUUCUCGCCACCGUCAUCUGUAACGUUUUGGUGUGUGUGGCUUUGAUCCGGAUGCACCGGCGCUUUUUGCGCAAGUUGUCUCUUGGAACCGACGCUGGGCGCAGCGUGGACCCGCGGAGGAGAGGACGAAGUUUCGGACGCCUGGCAGGUGCAGAGAUUCAAAUGGUUAUUCUGCUCAUAGGCACGUCGGCAGUGGUGCUGGUCUGCUCUAUUCCACUUGUUGCACAGGUGUUUUUGAACCAGCUGUAUAAGACUCCAGUGGAACUGCGACUAGACAAAAACCCUGAUUUAAGAGCAAUACGCUUCGCUUCCUUCAACCCUAUUCUUGAUCCGUGGAUCUACAUUCUGCUCCGCAAGGCUGUGCGGCUCAAGCUCAUCGAGAAAGUCAAGUGCUUAUUUUGCAGAAUGGAAGCAGGGAGGCAAGAGGCAAAUUUUCACUUUAUCGACGCUCAUCAACUGCCUUCAGCUAUCGCUAAAGAAGACUCUCAGUCUGUUGUGUUCCGUGACCUGAGAGACGUCACCAGCAGCACCUCCCACACCUUCCUCUACUUGUCACAGUUAAGUGAGGUGUUCGCUGGAUCCGAAUGCAGACGGCUCUCUGGCUCUCAGCCGUCAUCUGUUGGAAACUCUACAACUUGUGAUUCGUGCAAUCAGGGUCACAUAGAUGCUGAGAGCAGAGAGCGGAUACACAGAAUCAAGAACACGACACUUCAGGUGUCACUGAGAACUGAGAUGGUGGAGGAGAAGUGCAUCUGACUUAUUAUGACCCUCUCAGAGAAGAUUCUGAGGUUCCUCUCUGAGUCCAACGUAAUGACUUUUCCAGGAGGAACUGUUGAAAAAGAAACGGCUUUGUCAUUUCUCGGUUGCAGCAUGAGCUGUCUAAUGAUCAGCUCUGACUCUGCAAGUUUGCCAUUUUGGCUCAAACACAGACGAGCCACAUCUCCGUUACUCAAGUAUCAGUGAGUCUGAAUGUAUUUAAACAUUGUGGAAACCAUUAAGAGAGCAGAAGGACUGAGUCACACGUAAACGUGGUAAAUGAAAACAGUAUUGAUUUAGCGUGCUGCUGCUGGAUUGCCUGGAAUCAGACUCGACUGUACAGUGAUCUGAAGAGCACGUUGUGGUAUUUCCAUGACUAGUGUACACUGUAAUAUCAGCUUUGUGGCAAACGUGCAAAUGGGUUUUUUGUUCCACAAGUGUGUCAUCUCAUAAUUAUCUUCAGCACACAGUGAAGGAACAAUGAUUCCUGUGUCGUGGUUAUUAAGAGGCCGUGAACUACAACACAUUACGCCAGCUUGCAGUUUUUCUUUUUCCAAAAGCUGCACAAUCUUUGCUCAAUAAAACUGGUUCUCAGUAUUGAGUAUAAAUUGCUACAUAAAAAAACCCACUAUGAUGAUUAAUGUGUCAAAACCUUUUGUAAUAAAAUAUUCUUCUCUAGGAGAGAAGUUCUGUUAAUAAAGGCAAAUG